GAGUUUUCAGGGAUUUGUGCAAUAGCUGGGCAGUUGACAGUGACUGAGUUCAAGCGGCUGAGGGUCGAGGUGAAAGACUUGGGAUACGACUGCCGGAAAUUCAGGGAGGAAUUGUGCGAUGUGAAGAGGGAGGCGGAGAACUCUGCGGCAUGCAGAAGAGAGGCGGAUGACGAUCGCAGACGUUUGAGGAAGCUGGCGAGUGAGGUUGAAGGGCUCCGUAAAGAAGUGGUGAAGCUACAGGCAGAUAAGGUGAAUUCCGACGAGAGGGCAGAGGACGAGGUGACAAAGAGCAGAGUGGUCAUAAGCCUACUAGUGAAGCAUCUAAGUGGAUUUCUAACCAAUCCUGCUGGACAGGGCAUGGCACAUCGCGACGUGCUGAAGCAAGUCUGUGCCCAGGUCUGCAUGCCACAGGGUAUGAGCACGUCCAGGCCAACAGCAUGCCACAGCAGGCGGCAGCAAGUGCAGCAGCCCCGUCGCAGCAGCUGA